AUGGGCGUGACAGCGAGCUUCGAGUUUUCGUCUCUAGCGGCAUCCGUCCGGCGCGACGAAGUAAAUGGUGGGCUCUGUGAUGAUGUGCUCCGUGCCAUCACCCUCUAUGGCGACGGCUUGACAAUAUACAAGGAUGGCAAGUUAACUUUGAUGGAUCCAUGCCGAGGGCUUGUUCCGGCAGACAGAAUAUAUUUUGAGAUGAAUUUAAAGAUAGUCCGUGAUGGAGGUGAGGUUGAAGAUUUCAGCAAAGGUGUGAUCGUUUUCAACAGGGCCCGCCUCCCUAAUGAUAAGCAGACCAUGGGUGUGAGUCUAAAUAGUUAUCUGAGUAGGGUGGAAGUGAGAUGUGCGUAUGUUGUAUAUCCCAUUGAAGCUACCAUUGAAGUCAAUAUUUUGAAGGGACCGUGUAGUGUCUCAAGAGUUGCCGCCUGGACUACCAAGAAUUAUGAGUAUAGUAUGGAUCUUUACAACGGUGGUAAAGCAGCAGCAGAGAUUGAGGCAGGAACCGUUCCCUUGAGUCGGCAUGUUGUAGCUGUCCCACUUGGUAGAAAGUUGGUGCUCCUUGUCACCGGUCGUAGCGUUGGUGAUGUUUUUAAUAAAAACAUCAUCGUACCUUUAGGACGAUCCAAUGAGAUGAUGCAUUAUAGAUUAGGUUCCGCACUUGUGGAGGUGAAACUUGUCUGGACAGCUGUUCCCAGACGCGAGAGGCAAGAUAUGAUCAAGGAUGUGGGAGACGAGAGCCUUUUGAUGUGA